UAACACGCCAACGAUCUUGAUCAUCAAGAACAAACCUAAAGAACAUGUCGUGGUGUCGUUGAUAUCAGAGGAGCAGAUUAAGCUCCACCGAGACCAAGGAAAUUCAAGACUACAUCAACCGAGUGGCGAGUGAAAGAACAAAAAAUGCUUUCUGGUGUCUGUGGAAGUAGCAGUGGUGCGAGUUCAACCGCGACGAGUCGCCCUGGGAGUGGAAAGUCUGUGAGCAGUUCCAUAUCCUCACUGGAGGAAUCAGACUCUUGUGCUCAAGUUCAUCUUCUAAACGAAGCAGAGCUCUGGACGCAGAGUGCUGCUGGUUCUCAAGUAGAUACACAAAAAGAAGACGAGACGUUCUUGGAGGCGGAUAGAAGUAGUUUUCCACUAAAAACUGCGCAAAGGUCGAGCAGGUCGACAUCAUCAGAUAACGAGAAAGGAAAGGCUGCUCUUGGAGACUCUUCUUCUAAGUUCAGAAGUCAAAGUCUAACAGCCGACGGCGACCGGAACACCAGGGCAUCGCAAGAACAGGAUACAGGGUGGGAUAUUAGAACCGCAAGCAUUGAUCUCGCGUUUUUACGAAGGCCGUCUCCGUUUACCGAUUGUUCCUCUGUUUUCACUUCCGCCAGCACGGGACUCUCUCCCACGUGCUCGAACCCACUUUUGACCGGUCUGGCACAUAUGAAAGAAGGACGAGAAGCAACUUGUGCUUCUGGCAGCACGACUCACACAAGGAAAAGCAGAAACAGAACUGCAACAACUACUGAAAAUGUGAAAGUCAAACCAGUUGUUGCCUUCGAGGAAGUUGAUCUCAAGAGCUGUGGUGGCAUGAAGAUGGAUUCCAGCUUUUGUGGAGGAACCGCUUUUGGUCUCCAACAGAUGAAGACGGAAGGGACUUACGCAACGGCAACUACUGAAUUGAAAAUAGAUGGACGAAAUUCAUCUUGUUGUGAUACAACAACGAAAACGCACACAGUUUCAACCGUAUCACGUGACUCGUUGACCACGCCUGUAUCUGGAGGUGCCUGGAACGAUCCUACCCGUCCCCAGCCACUGCCUCGCUCCCAGCAGGACUUCGCUGUGAAUCCUGGAAUACACAUUGAAGCUGAGGGCAACCACGUCACACGCACGGCAGCAGAAGCAGUGGAUACAUCCUGUUCAUCCAGUCGUCUUUCUCCAGGCCUUGUUGCCUUCAGGUCUCUCCAAUCUGCCUGUCCAUUGCAACAAGCGGCGGUGGCUGGAGGGAGUGGGUUCGUUGGGCCACGAGCUUCAGGUUCUGCGCCAAGCAGUUCCUCUAGUGAUCCACCUCCGAACUGCGAUCGUGCACAACACCAGUUCGCAUCCGGGCGAACGCCAAAGACCUCGUCAUCAACGAACAGUGUUGCACUAGCAGGUGGUGGCUCCUCGUUUUCACUUGAAGACAGAGACAAAAAUAAAGAAGAAGGAAAGGGCAGCACAUUACAUACACCGAGGAAAUUGGGAACAGGUUCUUCUGAUGUUUUACCAGCUGGCGCUGACCUCGGAACGCCGCCACGACCUGGACUUGGCAGUAAUCAAGGCAGGAUGGUCCAGCAUUUGCUCAGUGAUGACGGAUUCGCGUCAGAUUGCUCCUCUCCCGCGUUCUUCAGUCUGGAUAGGGGCCAGAAACCAGGCCUUGUGGACGAGAGAGAGUAUGUUGAUCUAUUCCGCAACAAGAACAACUCCUUAUUCAUGUCUAGGCUAGGUGGAGGGCUUACGCCGCCUGGCAAGAGCACGCGUCGCAAUCUCAAGCGACACCUUCAGCGACCUAACCGAGAGCUUCUGCACAAGGAAGACCGGUUUCGCGCAUUACACGACCGAUCUCUCGCCCCUCACUGGUCGGAAGCGCCAAAGACAGAGCUGAGUCUGAGAGAAAUCCUUGAAGACUACGAGGACGGAACAACCUCAACAAGCCAAUCAUGUGGCGGCGGGGGAAGUGGCAAUUAUAUUACAGGAGGAGGCGCGCAUUCUCGCGUUGCAGCUCAGAACAGAAACGCAUCUUCAUCAUCGCACAUUUUUUCAGAUGAUGAGGCGGUGGGCGUUCAAGUCAGUAAAAACAACACUUCGAUAAUUGACGGAGAACGUGGCAUAGGAGCUGCAUCAUCGUCGGGAAGUUGCACCGUCGCUUCGUCAAGUAGAAAGGAUGCGAACCAAACUGGUGAGAGGCCUGUGUCCAGAAGCAGUACCGGAAAAGAAGACACAAAUAGCUGCGCAUCAAGUAUAAAUCCGCGAGCAUUCGCGCUCCAUCGACCAUAUCAAGUCAUUGGAUCUGAUAAAAGCACUUGCGACAUCGUCAUAGAUGGAUUGGGUAUAUGCUCGAAUUGUUGACUUUUCUUUGACACUGUCAAAACAAGUGAGCAGAUAUUUUUAUUUAGUAAUGAACUCAAGAAAAAUACAUAGGUCGUGUUUGUGGCUGCAUUCAUGAUGUUUACAUGUUGGCGUCGCCAGCCCCAUAAUUAAUUUGACAAAGUAGUCGACUUGUUCCACCCCCUUGCGCUUCCAGAUAACGAGCACUGCGCGAUAGCAUAUCACAGAGCAGGACAGCCAUAUAUCUGUUUUUUUGGCCCAUCGAGGUUCGGGGACGAUCCUAUCUUCGAGUUCAACAGAUUCGAAGAAAUCCACAAUCUCCCUCAAGAGAUCGCGCUUGGUGAAAGAAGGUGUUGAUUUAGUAAUUACAUUUUUAGUAAUUUUUACAUACCUAAGGCUAGAAUCUCCCUCAAGAGAUCACGCCUCGUGAAAGAAGGUAAUUUAGUACUGAAAUACAUAUUUAUUACUCUUAGGACGUUGACUUGGAUACUAGAGAUCACACCGAUUAAUUUUCAUCCGUCGCCUUUUUAUAUUAUCUCUAAAGUGACACAACAAGUCACACUUGGUUUGAGACAUUGCAAGAAUAAUAUGGAAGUUUGCAGCUGCAGUGGCUGUUAACAACGAAGACCGACUAGUACUACUUAGACUUACACAACUUUGUUUAAACGUUUCUCGAUCUAUCAUCAGGUUCAUAGUAACCGGAAAUAUAACGAGUAUUCGACAGCAAGGUGCCAAAAAAAGGGGUACGGCCGCAGAAGAAGUCACGCCAGCAGUAGCACCCACGACCUAUUCCUAUUCCGGUGGCACGACCACCACCACGAAUCAGCCAAAAAAAGCCCGAAGAGAAGAUCCUGCUGAUACAACGAUGACCAUGAUAUUUUCGGACGAAGAUGAAGCAUAGAGCAUGAAAAAGAUGGAGAGAUGACCGUGCCCGUGGUAAAGAAGUCGCACGGUUUUGAUCACAUAAUCGUAUUAGACGACAGCUGACCGGACGACGAGCAGCAUUCGAUGGGAGUUGGAUAUUACAGAAUUGACGACCGCACAUGGAGGAGUUGCUAUCGCUAAGUAAUCACUGACGCUUAGCAAAUCCCGAAAGAUUUUUUCCGUUUCGUUUGUUUCAAAAAAGUUAUAUUGGCUGCUGCUCGCUUAAUACAAUUAAACUUGUGAACAAUGAUCCCAUGAAGAUCGGUGGUUUUACAUUCAUCUUAUAAAUAUAUUUUCAAAGAAUCUAAUUAUAUAUAUGUUCGCUGCCACUCUCACGAAGUCCUCGUGGACUCAGUGAUAGGUGCUGUCGCUACCUAGUACAAAGCAUCUUCACAUUAUCUCCCAGUGGAACCACCCCCUUCCCGAUCAGCACUUUGCAGGCGUCAUAGUUGCUUCGCCCGAGCAAGGAAAUGAACCUAUCCAGCGCUGAAAAUCGCAUGAAUGUGAUGAUGUAGGAUUUCCUACAGUUAUGUAUAAGAUAGGGAAGAUCAGUUUUAGUUUGUUACGAUAUUUUCCCGUCACCACGCAAUGCGCUCCGGUUCCGGGUAGCCCUUCAUCCGAAAAAAGAACAUCACCACCUGCGAGCAGGCUGGUGACGUCGAACAAACCUGAAAAUCAAAAUGAAACCGUUUGUUUCCAUGACGAAACCUCCAAAGAACGCAUUUCGAAAACUACUACCUCAUUUGAGUUGCAGCAAAGACACUUCGUAGAGACGAUUGCGGCUCACGCGCCGUUUUGGGGAAGAAAGCGGUCAUGUUGCCUGAAGACAA